AUGGUUCAGAACAAACCCGAGUGGGAAGUAAAAGUGACGAACCCAACUCCAUGCACGUUCAGUAACACAAAGUUGUCAUGCACCGGUUUCAAAUCAAUCACAACCAUCAAUAGCUCGGUUCUGUCGAAACCUGGUGGCGAUGAUGCCUGUCUCCUCCACACCGGCUACAACGACAGACUCAGAGGGGGUGAACACGUGGCUUUCAAAUACGUAUGGGACCCUCGUUACGACUUCAAGAUCGCCUCCACCGAAAUCGCUUGCUCUUGA